CCCAUCGCCAUUGCCAACCACCACCACCAUCGCCGGGCCGCGGGGUUGUCGCGCGGCGAGGGAGCGUGGGAGGGCUGGCGGGGACGGAGCGGCAUGGGCGCCAUGUCGGCCGCGGGAGGGAGCUGGGCCGCCGAGGACGACGUCCUGCUGAAGAACGCCGUCGAGGCUGGUGCCACAUUGGAGGCCUUGGCUAAAGGAGCUGUAUGCUUUUCCCGCAAAUUCACUCUUCAAGAAUUACAGGAUCGUUGGUGUUCGUUGCUGUAUGAUUCAGAGACCUCAGAACAAGCAUCUGCUCUCAUAGUCAAGUAUGCGACUGAACUUUCAACCUCCAACCCAACCAAAGCACAUAAACUUUUCUACUCAAGGAAAAAACAUCUUUCUCUUGGGAAAAGGAAAAUUGAGAGUGUAAAGAAUCAGUAUUAUGCAAUGAGAAAGAGAAUUUGCCAUGAUCCAUAUUUGGCUGCAGUUUAUGGUUAUGUUAUCACACCCUGUUCAUGCCCUGUAGGUAGUGAUUGUGUAUGUGAUGGCUUGUUUAACUUGUUGGAAGACCAUCAUUUGGUCCAUAGCGUUAAUCAAGCUGCAGAUAUUGUAAAUGGCUGUGUCCACAUAGAUGAAAGCCAUGCUGAUGGACAAGAUGCACAUGCCAAAGAUAAUGGACAUUAUAUAUCCCAACAAAAUCAUAAUAAAGCUGCCAGGAGAGUGAUAAUCGAUGGUAACACCAAUUGUGGAAGUGCAAAUGGCUGUUCUGAUGUAGGUAAGUUAUAUGGAUACAACUACAUGCAAAAGAAUAUUCAGUCAAGGGAAAAGAAUAUUACCUCUCCAAACGACAUUUCUGAUGUCCAGGACUAUGUGCAGCUUCAGCAACCACUUCUUUGUGAGGAAUCAACCAAUGGAAUGACAGGGUUAGAGGCUUUACUGAAUACUGAUCAAGAUUGCAUAAAACAGAGCCAAUUUUCUGGUGACAUCAAUGAAAGAUUGCAAGAACCAGGCUCGCUUAAAGCAAUUAGUCAACAUUGGUGUUCUCAGGCAUCUAGUUCUCCUGCUAGGGAGAAGUUUCAGGGUGUUAAUUCACCUGAAAUGCCGACAGAUGUGGAUCACAAGGAACAAGAAAUUCUUACCUUUUCUGAUGACAAGAAAAAGGAAACUUCUAACAUUGACACACUUUCAUUUAAGGUGAGUACAGAGAAUGGAAUGUCUGGAUCCGACUUAUGCAAAGCAACAGAAGGUAAAGUAACACACUCGUGCUUAAUGGAUGCCAAUCAGAGCAAAGACUUUGAGGUACUUAAUAGCGAGAAUAUUUUGGACUCUUCUCUUGACUCAAAUCUGGAAAAUUUAGGCGAUCAACAUGCUAAUGUUAUUCUGAAGAACAUGUCCAAAAAGCACCUUCUGAACCUUCCUCUUGUAAGCAGUUCAUGUGGUAAUGACACAGAUCCAAUCCAUGAUGUGGCAGAUAUUUCUGGAAUGGACAUGAUAUGCACAUCGGAAGUGCCUUUUCCUGGUGCUGGUAUUGUGUGCAUAUUGAACACUGAAGAUCCUGAAAUCCCUUGUAAUGAUGAUAUCUUUACACCUGGGCCUGUAGCAUCCACCUCUACUUGCGACCAGAAUUCUCAGCACAAUAUGCAUUUGGUUUCCACCAAACCUAUUUCUCCACUAAAUACUGCUGAUGUGAGUCAUACCAACUUGGCAAGUGAUGUCCAACCAUUAUUACUGCCAACAAAGUUGGAGCAUUACACCUUAGAACAAAAGGAAACACUGAUGGCUCUUAAUGAUUCUUGUACUUUAAGAAGCAAACCAUCUUGUAUGCGUGUUGAUGUUAGCGUGAACAAUACAAAUGCAUGCACAUCAACUUUUCAUUCUGCUGCAGAAUUCGUUAAACAAUCAGCAUGUGGUUUAGUGCAACAUGAAGGUUUUGAUAACUUGGGGAGUGUGGCUUUGGAUGAGUGUGUUGUGCUUGAUGAAAUGAAUUCUAAGUUUCCUGGUGAGCCAGGAAUAAGUUAUGAGGCUAAUAUCCAAAACAGCAUUCCAUCGCAUGCAUUGCCAGAUGGGGAGUUUCUUAACCCCAUAACAACUGCUUCAAGCCAAGCAAGCGGAGGAUCUGACAGUGAGGAUGACAUUCCAAACUAUUUUGACAUAGAAGCUUUGAUACUUGAUCAGGAUUUAAUUCCAUGGGACCAAGAAUUUGAUUUCAUCCAGCCCGAAGUUUCCAGGUUUCAGUCCCUUGGAAACAGGAAAGACUUGGUGAGAUUAGAACAAGGUGCCUGCUCUUGUAUGAACAGAUCUAUUAUGUCCCAUGGUGCUUUUGCAGUUCUUUAUGGCCAUCAUUUGAAAUACUACAUAAAGGAUCCGAAGGUUACUCUUGGGAGAGAAACAAGAGAGGAACAUGUUGACAUCGAUUUGGGAAAAGAAGGAAAGGCAAACAAAAUAUCCCGUAAACAGGCAAUUAUCGAGAUGGAUGAAGGUGGAUCUUUUUACAUAAAUAACAUAGGAAAAUGUCCAAUCUUUGUUAAUAGCAAAGAAGUUCAAUGCAACCAACGUAUCAACUUAGUUUCUGAUGCCUUGCUUCAGAUAAGGGACAUGAAAUUCAUUUUUCACAUCAAUCAGGAUGCUGUAAGGCAACAGAUGGUUCGCACGAGAAGAGGGACCUCCCAAGGCAAGAGUGCAGCAUUUGAUUGGGAUCAAAAAGCCAUGAAUUAAGGUUAUGUGAAAGCUCAAUUGUGAAUUAUUAUUACUAAUAUAUAACGUCAGGAUAGGAGUACAUAACACCAUAUCUAAUCUUGUUCCAUCCUUUGCAUGUAAAUCGAUGUAUUCCCUAUGCUUAUCCUAUAAUAUAGAUACAAGCUCACUUCUCAUCUUAAGAUCCAUAUUACAGUUAGUGCCAUAGUUCUAUGUUUGAAAUUUGGACAUAUUUUUUCCUCAGUAAAACUGUAUCGACAAAAGUUGUUUGAACAGACUGGGAAUUGAAUUCUUUCAGAUGAGCCCCCUAGCAAGGUUCGUUUCUUUAGGGCUCUUUCCAUGAUGCCCAUUAUCAAAUAUUCGUUGAUGAUUAAUGGAAAGAUGACAGAUUGAACCUUUGAGGAUGUGCCACGAUGCUGUGCAUAAGAUAAGGGGUCAAUGCAGUCAACGGGUCAUCUCAUUCCGUAAACCUAACUGCCCCAAUGAAUCAGAUGCCUUCAUCAACCGAGGAUAAACUAACCAAAGUCUUCAAAAAUAAUGACGAUGCAUUCUUAAUUAAUAAUAAGAAGACACAACUAAA